AUGAACGAAGCGUCGUCCUGCCUGUCUCCCGAGGAACCUCGUAGCUGCGAUAACCGAGAAGAAGGAACGACUCGCGAGCUUCGUUCCGGUUCGCAUAUGGGGAAAGGGAAGUUGGGCCACAGCCCGACGACCAGCCACUCGGAACUGACCAGAGAAGGGAGCAGUGUAGACUGCGGCCGCCGCGGAGGAAACGAAGAGAAGACAGAGGAGAAGAGGAGCGAGAAGGCUGGGGCCGAGCGCGAGUGCGAGAGGAAGACGCAGCGACCUCGAUUUGACGGCGACGGUUCUUCUCUCAGCCCGCGAAGCAACGCGUCCCGCGGCAGCGCGUGCAGCACACGGAGCUGCGAAAGCCACGAGAAGGUUGGCCGCACGUUGAGUGGAGACUCGACGGGCAGAGACGGCGUCUGUUCUGUCUCUUCUGCUCGCCAGCCUUCUCUCAGGAGAAAAAGCGCCGCUGAGGAAGUGGGACGCGAGGUGAAGGUCGACGGCAAGGCUUUAGACAGCCAGAUUGAACUUGUGCGGACGAAGAACAGGGGCAAGAGCGAGGUGACCCGACUGGGUCGCGGGGCGGGGAGUGCAUGCGCGGUGUCAGUGUCGCCUCUCGGGACUGCGCGUCACGUUCCUUCCGGGCGCCAACCGAGUGAAAGGCGCCAGAGCGCGAAGCCUCUGACGAAGCUCAGUUCGUCGUCCUCCAGCCACAACAAGACAACGAUGGUGCCGACUGUGAUGAACACGCCGACCCGCAUCGAGGCGGGGCGUCAGAAGUUUCUGAUUUUCGACGCGCCUAGCCAGGAGAAUCUUCCCGCGUACAUCGAGGAAAUGCGCGCCUACGAGGUCACAGACUUGGUGCGAACCUGCGAGCGGACCUACGACGACAAGACCGUGCUGGCUUCCGGCAUCCGCCCCCACGAACUGAUCUUCCCCGAUGGAGAGGCGCCUCCAGACGAUGUCAUCGACGAGUGGCUCACGCUCUGCAACGCCGUCUCGCAGCAGAGGGGCGCAAUCGCGAUUCACUGCGUCGCUGGUUUAGGUCGCGCCCCGGUCCUCGUCGCCAUCGCCCUCAUCGAAAAGGGCAUGGACCCCAUGGAUGCCAUCAUGUUCAUUCGAGAAAGAAGAAAGGGCGCCAUCAACCGACGCCAGCUGCAGUUCCUCAAGGGCUACAAACGUCGCAGCAACUACAAGAAAUGUUGCGGAGGUAGAUGCGCAAUCAUGUGAAGUACGAUGAGGCGGUGACUCUGCGACAGACAGCGAAAGCAACUUGGAAGCAGGCGCGGGGUGGGCAAAUCUGGGAAAUGCUUGAAGCGUGGAGCUGCUGCUGGCGGGAUGCGAAAGGGAGUUUGAGUCCCGCGUGGGCGCACGGGAAAGCACUUUCUGUUGAGGCGACUAGCCACUCGCCAAGCGCGGUGUACAUACACGCCACCUCUCUGUGGAUGUGACUGUACGUGUGUGGUGCGUAGACGAGGCUUGUGAUUCCACAGAUCUGUGGCACUAGCUGGGCCGUGGGUGCCUAAUCGAUAGGCAGACGUCAGAAGAUCAUAUUGACGUGCGUGUUUGUGUGUGUCAUCGAGCUGUGUAUAUACACCUAAAUCGUUGAUUUGCGUCUUCGGUUUGCGGGUGUCUUAUACUGUGCUAGGUAAAGAGAGGGGGAGGUGGAGUGCGGCUUCGUGCUUUCCCCGAAGCGAAUCAGUAGGCACAGAAAACGAACCGUGUGGGUGCAAAAGUGCAGAGACCCUCUGGCGGCAACUUGUAUGCGAC